GCCAUUUUCCCCUUCUGCACCGGUCCUCUAACCCGCUGUAGCCUGUAGCCACACUCCGUGUUGAAACCUAGCCGAGGCUGACGGUGGUAUAAAGGACAACGACAAGAUAACCGUCUCCCGUAGCUGCUUGGGCCCGUGAAAAGUACGAGAAUGUCGUCCGAAGAAAGCCCCGAGUACUCGCCUUUCUUCGCUGUGAUGGGAGCCUCCGCGGCCAUGGUGUUCAGCGCUCUAGGUGCGGCGUAUGGAACAGCGAAGAGUGGUACGGGCAUCGCUGCCAUGUCUGUGAUGCGGCCAGAGCUCAUCAUGAAGUCCAUCAUCCCUGUGGUCAUGGCGGGUAUCAUUGCCAUCUACGGGCUGGUGGUGGCCGUGCUGAUAGCAAACAACAUCUCAGAGAGAGUCACUCUCUACAAGAGCUUCCUGCAUCUAGGAGCCGGUCUGAGCGUGGGCCUCAGUGGUCUGGCGGCCGGCUUCGCCAUCGGCAUUGUAGGAGACGCCGGCGUGAGAGGCACUGCCCAGCAGCCCCGCCUCUUUGUGGGCAUGAUCUUGAUCCUGAUCUUCGCCGAGGUGCUGGGGCUUUACGGCCUGAUCGUGGCUCUUAUCUUAUCUACAAAAUAAGCGUGUGCAUUGGCACCAGUUCAUUCAUUCCACAUUGACGCAGCGAGAACAAAUAGAUUUUCACCAACUUCCAUGACACCAAGAGGGCCUGACAGGAUGGGAUGGCAAGCGGAAGCGUGUUGCCCUUGGACCUGGCAGUUUAGUCAUCAAUAGUUGUGAUCUGUCCAAAUUGUUUAAAGCCAUCCAGUUGUGUCAGGUGCGGUGUACAGAGCGGGCAUGAAGAUGUAUUGGUUGUUGUGGGAUGAUGUGUGGACAGUCUGCCUGAUUUUGUCGUCUGAUCUUAUCCUGUACAGUGGUCCAAGCGUCCCUCCACCCCUUGUAAAUGUCGUAAAUCAGUCUGUGCUGUGAGUAUCAACGUUCUUUGAUUUCUCUUUCAAUGGUGGUUUUGUCACUCUUAUCCGACACUGCCGCGGAAUUGUGCACAUCAGUAUUUUUAUUUGACUUUCAUGUUCUUUUUGGGGACCAUUUUUUUUUAAUCGCAGCAGUGAAGAGCUGUCAACAUCGUUUCUUUUUGCUAUUUAUGGAAAGCUUUGAAGAUUUUGACAUAAUGAAACAUGUCUAAAUGGAAUAAUGUUUAUGGAAUACCCUAUAUACAUUAAAAUAUAUAAAUUAUCUGUGUAUAGUUAGAGUAAUUGCACUGUUGGUAAUUGUUCUAAGUGCUUGAAAUUCCUCUGGAUGUAGUGUGAUUUAUUAAUGGGGGAUGUCCACAUGUUGAUAUGCGUUGAAAGUGUGCGCGUGACCUGAGUGCAUCAUGUGUGCAAGUGAAUUUAUGUUGAAUAUGGGAUCCUCAAACACUUGUUAACCUGUAGUGCUGCUGUCUUGAUUUUGUUUGUUUUAAGAUCACUGUUCAACUGUGCUUGUCAGAUUUC